AUGCUUCUCUUGGCAUUGAAAGCCGUCAGCCGCUAUGAAACUUUGAUUGGUAGUUGCGCAAAGCUCUCCAUUCAUCCUCGUCGCUACAUACCCCGCAUAUUCAACGACGCUGAAGUCGAUCUAAAUUUAACACGUAUGGCCCAGAGAUACUACCAAUCUGCUCAGCUCAAGGUCUCUUACCCGGACUCUUAUUCAGCAGAGUCGCUGGAGCAUCACUUUUCCCAAUUCCCUGGCUAUUUUGUCAGGGCGAACUCCAAAAUGGCUAUUUCUCACAUCCACUUGGGAGUUCGUCGGCUGGGGAGGCCGUGGCCCAAUGCUGAAAUGAAUGAGUCAUAUUUGCUAAUCGCGGUAUCCUCGGGCAUAAAAAUUCUGGCAGAGGAGGUUUGGGGCGCCAUUCGCGGCCUUGAGACUCUAAGUCAGCUUUUGUGGUGCUCUCCGAGUGGAGCCACAGUACUUUACCUCUUUCUUGUAUAA